AUGUCUACAGAACGGACUUCACUCCUUCACCCUACGGUCCCUACCGAAGAUACACGCCUAAAACCCACAGUAGCAGUUGGAAUCAUCUGUACCUGGAUCGUCACUUUCCUCGCUGCCGCAGAUAGCACCAUUACCUCGACACUAUCCGUGACCAUCGCCACCGAAUUCAAAUCUCUCUCACUCGUAUCAUGGCUAGGUACCGGGUACCUAAUCGGUCUUACAGCCACACAACCACUCAGCGGAAAGCUAAGUGACAUAUUCGGCCGACGCGAAACCUUCUGUUUCGCAUCCGUUAUGUUCACAAUCGGAAACCUGAUCUCCGGCCUCGCUCAUUCGAAAAUCAUAAUCAUCAUCGCUCGCGUCGUGACAGGUAUCGGUGGCGGCGGUUGCAUCUCAAUCGCCACAUUCAUCUUAUCAGACAACAUCCCUCUCCGAAGCCGCGGAACCUGGCAAGGGAUCAGCUCCGUCUGGUUCACAGCAGGGAUGGGACUAGGCGCUGUCAUCGGAGGAGCUACACACGAUGCCUUCGGUUGGCGAUGGGCAUUCAUCGGCAUCGCUCCAAUCUCCCUAAUUGCAGGAAUCGGCGUGGCGAUUUUCGUCCCUGAUCAUCGCGAGGACAGACAAAGUCUUCGAGAGAUGUUAAGUCGUGUUGACUUUGCCGGCGCCGCUACCUUGGUUUCAGCCCUAGUCCUCCUUCUCAUCGGUCUGAACCACGAGGGAACUCGCAUUGUCACCACCCUUUUCGCCGUCACCGUGCCCCUUGGAAUCGUCCUGCUGGGCGUAUUCCUGCUUAUUGAAUGGCGCUGGGCAAAGGAACCUAUCAUCCCGAUGUCGCUGUUUCGGCAACGCACUGUAGUGGCCGUGUGUCUGACCGCAUGGUUCGCGUCUAUGGCUGCGUAUGCGAAUAUCUACUACGUUCCUCUCUAUUUCCAGAUGCUAGGUUAUUCGACUAGUCGGACCGGCCUGUAUAUAUUGCCAGAUGGCCUCGGUUCGGGGAUUGGAUCUGCUCUAGUCGGGAUCACCAUCAGUGUUACUGGGAAGUACGGCGUGUUCAAAUACACAAUGCCUCUCCUGAUGGCUCUCGCUGGUGCCGGAUUCAUGUUUGUGACGGAACACACUCAUUGGGUUUUACCCGAGAUCUAUCUUCUCGGUAAAGGUAUCGGCAUGGGAGGUAUUGUCACGACGCUCAUCCUUGCGCUCCUUCAUGCCGUGCCUCAUGAGCAGCAUGCUACCGCUACCUCCGCCUAUUAUGCUUUCCGGUCUACGGGUUGCACUGUCGGGCUUGCGGCCGCGACUGCGCUUUUUUCUGCUCGGUUGAAUAAACAUGCAGCUGCCACGGGGACAAUAUGUGUAGCGGGUGACCCUUGCUAUCUCGAUGCGCUUCAUUGGGCGUUUCAAUUGGCGUUCGGGUGCUCAUGUGUGGCACUCAUUUCGUCGUUCUUCAUUGUGUCUUAUACUAGGAAAGGUUGA